UUUUUACUACAGGUACAGCUUCCAGUGAAGAUGAUGCAUAUGUUCCAGGGUUAUCUGCUCCUGGCAAUAAAAGACCAGGCAGAAUGAAAGCUAGGAAAACAAAAGAAGUGCUUGCCAGUGUUCCUCUGAAACAGCCACUUGUUGAAAAUGUAAAACCAGACUUUACACAGAGUGAAAUGCCUCUAAAAGCCCGGCCUAGGAAACCACUGUCUGGGAACCUGAAGUCGAGAGAUAAUGUUAACAGCUUUCCAUCUAGAGAGAAGAGCAGAUUGUCAGAUGUUGAUGAUAGUGGCAUGUCUACAACAUUUGAGAGUUUUGCUGAGAAAAGUUUACAUAGAUUGAAGAAAGCCUCCUUGAAAGAUCUCCGGCCAGAAGAUAAACAGAGGGUUGCUAAUCUUAUUAAAGAGCUUGCAAGGGUUGGUGAUGAAAAAGAGAAGGUUGUCAAGGAACUGCAUGGAGAGAGAGAACAGUACGAACAUCAACUGAUGGUUAUGGUGGAACAACAAGAGAAAAUAUUACAAGAAAGAGAAGAUGUUCAGGAGAAGCUGUUCCAGUGUCAGAAAUUGCUGACCGAGUACCAGGCACAGUUAUUGAACAAACAAGACAGACUGAACUCCUCUAUACACGAUAUUAAAGAAGCUAUGGGAAAUUCUAAACCUGAAGCAAAACAAACAAAAGCAAUUGUCACUUUAGCACCGUCGGUACCGAAAACCACACCCAUAGACACUGUACCCCACAGUAAUCCUGCUAGAGUUAUAGAAGUUUGUCCACCAGUGUAUGACCUGUCAGAGAUGGAUGAACAGAGUUUAACCCCUGUGCUCCUUAAUCGGGUCCCAUCCCCGAUAGAUAAACAGGAUUAUCCAGGAGCUGGGAGACAGUCACGAUCUAGGGAACCAAUUUCUAGAUACCCAACCAAUCAGAACACAGAUGAUGGUCAUUUGAUCAAUGAGAAUGCAGGAGAUGAGUCUGUGUCAGAUUUAUUGUUGAAUCCAACAGAAACUGUGAAAAGACCAUACACCUCUAUGAUAGAUAAAGAAAUUGCUAGGGAAAGGUCAAGGAGUAGGGGGUCAAGGACAUCUGACUAUUCAAGGUCACGCAGUGCCUCACCCACAGAAGGAAGACCUAAAUUUGCCUACCCUCAGAAACUGAUCAGUACAGGUCCAUUGCAUGAACCUUUAGCAUCAAGCACUCAAAAAUCUAUGGAAAUUAGAGCUUUGAAUUAUGACAACGAAAGUGUUAGGUCAAGGACAUCUUUGAAAACUCAGGAAACUAGGUCAAAAGGUCAACAAUAUUCAAAAUCAGGUCAAGUCAGAGACUACUCACCAGCUAGUUCAGACAGUGGUAAAAAUAGAGUUGCAUUUAAUGGGAAAGAUGAGUAUGAUGAUGAUGCAGAAAAACAUUCGCCAAAUUUAAAAAACCCGGCAAAAAUGUUCAGUGACCCGGAUUAUGCAAAAUAUUACAAAAAUUUAUCGCCAGGUGGUAGAAAACGUGAACUGUUGAAGCAGAGGCAGGCUUUGCUUGAUGAACAAGAGAGAUUGAGACAGGUGUUAGAGAAACAAGAAGUUCAGUUACAAACUAGGAAAUAUGAAUAUGAUAAACGGAAAGAGCUUCAGCAACAGAGAAUGGAGUUCUAUAAAGAAGGUGGAAAAUUUCCAGCUCUGAAAUUAGAUUUUGAUAAUGCGAGUGAAAAAGGGGUUGGCGUGGAAGAUGAGGAAAAGGGGUCAAGAAAGUGGUUAGUUGGAAAGGACCAUGCUUCUGAGGUGGAGAUGUACAGUCCAAGAAAUGAUAUUGAGAUUGUCAUAACAAAGAAAAGAAGCAUUUUGUCACACACUGGUUGUCAUGAUGAUGAAGUAAAGGUGAGGAGUCGAGUGUCUAUGGGUGCAUCACCGCUAGGAACACCACCGCGUAACAACAAGGUUACUGUGGCAACAUCACCAGCACGGUCCGUAGAUACAGGAGACUCUGAUAUACCAAGGUUGAUAGAUGUGGCUACCAGUAUAUCAUACAGAACUCCUUUGAAAGAUGCCAGUAAUCACAUUCAAGGAAAUCUACCACUGGGAUGUAAUCGGCAAAAAUCCAGUCCCUCCGUUCAACAGUGGCGGGAAACAGAACUAGAGCCCACUGUCAGAACUCCUGGAGAGAAAACUUUGAACGUUAUAGAGCUAGUGAACUCUAUGGACGAGGAACUGCCGGCUUCACACUAUAACGGGAGUUACGAGGAUCUAGAAAACAAACCUGAUAGACAUUUUACACCUAAUAAAUACAUCACAGGUGGUAAAGGGGCUCAGUCUAGUCCAUAUAGACAAUAUACCAGUCCAGCUCAGCUUAGAAGUAACCAACCCAAGCCAAGAACCAGUCAAGUUCAGCAGAGAAUUAGUCAAGGUCAGCAGAGAACCAGUCAAGGCAAACUUCUGAGUGAAGAGGAAGAGUCAUUAGAAGAAAGCAAAAUCCUUGAAGACAUAUUUUUCCUAUGAUUCUUGCCAAUUUAUUAGUCUAUCCUUACUGUGAUAUCAUUGUACCAUAGAUACCCAUGUUUUAUGUGCACUCGUCUAGAAUGCGCAUCCCGGAUUUUAGCCAAAAAUCCUAGAAAAAUUAAUGUUUGGUCUAUACCUGUGUAUAAUAUGCACCCACGAUUCCAUGGGGGUGAUCCCGGGGGUCAAAAAACUGUGCCUUUUACAUGGGUAUCUACAGUAAUGUAUUUUUGUAACUACAUUUCAUGGCAAUCUGUUAUUCGUAGUUUUUAUCUUAAUUUCAACAUGUUGGAAAUGAUCCCAAUUUCACUUGGUUAAUGGUUACAUUUUUCUUGGACUUUAUCAUAGACUCUGUGUAAAAUCUGAAACCUUAGUAUUAAACACAGAUUAUAUUUAAAUGACACCUAGAUUUUAUUUAGUUUGUAGCAUCAUCUAGGGCAUGUAUUGUCAAAAAACAGAAUUUGAUUUUGGAGAAAGUGUGAUAUUUAUUACUGAAGUCACUGUGUUCGUUGUAAAAGAGGUCCAUUUUACCAUGUUGAAACUGGCAUGUCUUGAAAAUGCAGCUCUGUGAUCGGUCUAUUAGACUUCCUGGUGUCAUAUACCUUCAAAGAUUUACAGUUUAGCAAGAAAUAAUAUUCAGUUUGGAGGGGGGGGUGGGGGAGGAAUCACUUUUUUUGGCAUUUUAAUGAAAAAAAGAAGUUAGAAGAAAAAAAUGAACAAGGCCUAAAAAAAUUGUUUGUUUCUGGUAUCCCAAUCUACCCUAAAAAUUUGCCACAACCCUAAUUGCUUAUGUUGUAUGGCAUUGAAAAAAAAAUCAAUAUUUUCACUAUAUUUCAUACUUUUAGCUUUGUUUUAUUGCUCUCUUUUCAUUGUAAAAAAAAAAGCAACUACUUACCUACCUUAUUUUUUGGGGAGCAUGUUACUGGAAAUAAACAGUUUGUUUUUUUGGCCGAACAUGUUGAUUAUUUGCUUCCUACAAGAUUUUUUGUUUUAAUAAGAAGUUGUGCUUGUAAUUUACUGGUAGACUACUAUCAGAAUACUUAAGUAGAAUCUCUGUACUUAAUAUUAAUAUAUAAUUAUGUUGGAAACUUCAUUUUUUUUCUUUUAGACAUUUUUUCUUUGAAUUCAGUUGUCUGUAGACUACAGGUAGCAUGUAAUCUGAAAAAUUAUAAAUCCUUCCACUUUUAUUAGAAUAAUUAUAAAUUUGAUACUAUGAAAAAUGGAUUAGAGCAAACAUCAAUGUCCCGGAAUUGUAAGUUUAUAACUGUUGCCAUUCAAAAUGUUACACUUAUAUGUAGCCAGUAACAUACAUUAAUUUAUCAGAUAUUGUUAGGUGUGUAUUAAUCUCUGUUAUUUAUAGUACAGGGAUUUACUUUACGUAAAUGUACGCUCUAUUAUGUUCAGAAUUUCAGAAUUUCCAUAUACAUAGAAUCACGUUUCUUGUUCAGUGCUAAGAUACAUGUAUAUAUUGUUGCUGUUCAUUGAAAACCUGUUGGUUUUGGCAUGAAAACCUUUAAUUCUUGCAUUUCACUGGAGUGACUGUUUCAUCUUGGAAAAUACAAGAAAGUUCAUUAACAACUAAAAAGAUGAUGAAUGACCAUGUAAAAAUGUCUGAAACUUCAGUUGUACUCUAUGUUUUUUGCUUUAAUUUAGUAAUUUUACUGUUUCAUUGGCAGAAAAGUAACCAAAAAUAAUGUACAAAACUUUAAAAGAAAUAACACCUGUAUAUUAUAUCACAUUCUGUGUAAAUAAAGGUGUCUAUAACCAGAAUCAGAAACUGGCAUAGAUUUUCUAAGAACAGUGGCAGUAUGUGACAUAACCUAAUAAUGCAUGCAUUUACACAAAAAUUCUUCAUGUACAUGUAUUAUAAAUCCUCUGUGCUCUUCAAGCUUAUAUCUGUUAGCAUGUGUUACAUAUAUUGAAAGUUUAUUUUGCAAUAAAUAUGAAAAAUUGUA